AUGGAACCAAUGGAAGCCCGGGUUGCGAUGUUGCAGGAUCUCAAGAUACAAUCGUUUGACACGAUUCGCUUCGCAUCCUAUCGCACAGCCUGCAAGUUGCGAUACGUACAGAAGUCGACUAACCUGCAUCUGGUCGACAUCUGGAACGUCAUUGAGGCGUUCCGCGAAAAUGGACUGAACACACUCGAGCCCCAGAACGAGGUCAGCGUCAGCCGUCUCGAGACGCUCGUAUCGUCGCUGUACCACAACUUAAAUAAACGACUGCCACCGACCCAGCAGGUACAUGUAGACUCCAAGGCGAGCCUGUUGCUAAACUGGCUACUGGCGGCCUAUUCCGGUGACAAUUCUGGCAAAAUACGGGUAUUUUCGAUCAAGGUGGCGCUAGCGAUCAUGUGCGCUGGCAAGAUGGUCGAUAAGUUGCGAUAUAUCUUCUCACAAAUCUCGGACGGUGCGGGCCAGCUGAUACACUGGAAAUUGGGCGAUUUCCUCCGCGAAGUGCUAGCGCUUCCGGCAGCCGUCUUCGAAUCGCCAACCUUUUGCUACAAAGAGGGCCUGGAGUCGGAAAUCUUUCCGGUGGAGAACAAAAUCACGGUAAACGAUUUUAUGGCGGGCUUCAUGACAGAACCCGGACCGGCCUGUCUCGUGUGGAUGCCGUUGUUACACCGGCUCGCUACGGUCGAAUCCGUCGUGCAUCCCACCGUAUGUUCCGUGUGCAUGCGGGAAAACUUUACCGGUUUCCGGUACCGUUGCCAACGUUGCCAUGGGUAUCAGCUGUGCCAGGACUGUUUCUGGCAGGGACGCGUUUCACUCAACCAUCAGAACGAUCACGAGGUGAAGGAGUAUUCGAGCUACAAAAGCCCAAGCAAACAGAUCGGCCAUUCGCUACGCAAAAGCUUCCGCUGUGUGCCAGAUAAACCGAUCCAAGCGUUACCACGGUUUCCGGAGCAGCCGGAGAAAACGCUCAACCUAUCGCACAUCGUCCCACCGUCACCGUUGCCGUCACACAACGGCUUUCCGGACGGAGGCAUACCGGGUCUGUACGACCGCAGUAGUACACUAGACUCACGCGCCACCGGUUUAUCGCUAGACAGUAACGGAACGUCUGGAACGCGUGGAGCCGUUAAUUCUAAUGAUGAGGAGCACAGACUGAUCGCACGAUACGCAGCACGACUCGCACAGGAAUCACGGACGCCCGGCGGGUCGGCCCCAGACCCGGUACAGAUAGGGCUGGACAGUUCACGGGCACAGCGUGAACUGAUCAUGCAGCUCGAAUCAAAGAACAAGGAAAUCAUGCGCGAAAUACAGAAACUGCGCCGGCAGCAGGAAGCGGAACAGGUCGCACCGGAAAGCCCCGCCCUGAUGAACGAACUGCGCGCACUGCGGCAACGGAAGGGUGAACUUGAGGGGCAUCUCGGAGCGCUGCAGGAUUCGCGCCGCCAGCUAAUGGCACAGCUGGAGGGGUUAAUGCGGAUGCUCAAAAACCAUCAAACCCAGAGCCCACGCUCCACUCCCAACUCUAGUCCGCGGUCGGGUAAAAGUCCACCGAUACCGCAGGGACCACCAAUGCCAAAUCAAGGUCCGCGGCAGGGACCGAUGAACCCCGGUGGUUCCGGAAUGCCACAAAAUAUACCGCCCGGUAUGCUUCCUCCCGGUAUGGGAAUGCACGGUCAAGACCCGCACAUGGGUCCGGGCGGUAUGGAUAUGCGGGGAUACGCACCAAAUGGAAACAACAAUGGUAGCAUUAAUGGUGGUGGUCCGCUUGGCUCGAGAACGAACGCCGCCGGAGCGUGUCCGCCGGCCGGUGGCCGGUCGGAUCUGCACUACGCGGCUGAUUCCGUUUCCACCGCAAUGUCCUCGCUGGUGCGCGAACUUAACUCAGUUUUCUAUGCGCACUACGAAGGACAUCUUCCGCCCGGCGUCGUACAUAAGCCGCCGAUGCGCUACUUUUCAGAGGGAUCCGACGAUGACAGUAUCGCUUCGUCGCAGCACACAAUGCGCCAUUCGCUAGACUUUGACGAGAUGCACAUGACCACACAUGAGUGGAGCGAAAAGGAUAAUACCCAAUGGCAGGAGCAGUUUGCUGCCUGGAGCUUAAAUUCACAAAACCAGUGA